CAAAGAACCGCUCUACUGUUUAGCAGGCUCGUUUACGGAAAGUAAUGCAAAAAAAGUGUUUUAUAUUAUCAGACGAGUUUGUAAUGGCCAGUUACAGUUUGUAUGCAGAAUAGGUACAGUUUCUUCGACAACCACAAGAAAAAGUUUAAUUGCUGUAAUGGUACCAGAGAAAGGUUCAAGCACAACUUUUCAUAAAGGUAACGUUUCUGCUACAACCCAAAGUCAAAGUACACUUGUUACAAGGACAAAGCAGAAAGACUCUAGGACUAGCCUUGAUAUAGGUGCAUUGAUUGGUGGAAUACUAGGUGCAUGUUCUAUGAUUAUUGUGUUAGCUUUGCUGAUUGUAUGCAAAAUUAGAUCAAAGAGGAUUUUUACAGAGUCGAAUACUAACAAUUAUGAAGACACUACCCGUGUGAACUUUUCAACGUCAACAUACGAGGACCUUGACAAUACAAAGCAUACGAAUUUAACAGCAACAAUAAACCAGACUUGUGACAUUGAUGAAUCCAGUGCACCGGUAUAUGAAGAAGUAAAUAAAAAUUGAAUAACCGGGAAGUACUAUAUCAAAAUAAGAAUAUGUCCGUAGUGAUGUUAUCAAUGGUUACUGAUAUAGUUUCCGUUGUCUGACUAAAUGGAAGCGAAAUAUGAUCUUAGAUGUUGAAAUGAUAUUUGAUUAACUGAAGAAAAAAAUAUUUUGUUUAACAAA